AUGGCUUUAAAUCCUUUGUUCAAAAUACUCGAAGAAAACAAACUUACUGGACCAAAUUUCACUGGUUGGCUCCGAAAUUUGAGAAUCGUUCUCAAUUUAGAAAAGAUCGGUUAUGUUUUGGACCAAGAUCCUCUAUUGAUUGGUAUCAUACCAAAUGAUGCUGAUGUUGAUCAGCUUGUUGUUCAUAAUGCUGAGGUUGCAACGUUUGAUAAGUGGAAGGACGAUGAUCUGAGGGCUAAGAGUUAUAUCAUUGCCUCUAUGACCAAUGAGUUACAAAGUCAGCAUGAAAAGAUGUCUGACGCAAAAUCUAUGGUCAAUCACCUACAAGAGUUGUACAUCCAAGAAGAAGCAAUAAGAGUACAAAAUCCUUCACAGAAUGCGGGAAACGGCGGCGCCACCGGCGGGUGGCUGAGAAGACACGGCAGGCGGUGGCUGGAAAUAUCGGCCCACUCCAUGUUCGUCCUCGUCGGCCAAACAGUCGCCACCAUCCUCGGCAGAGUCUACUACGAAAGAGGCGGCAACAGCAAAUGGAUGGGCACGCUCGUACAAGUCGCCGGCUUUCCCAUCCUCAUUCCCUUCCUUUUCAUUAAAACCGCCCCUGCGGCGGCAGAUGACGGCAGCCGCACAAAACCGCCGUCCUUUUUAUUCCGCGCCGCCGCCUAUCUCCUCUUCGGGAUGUUAAUCGCCGGAUCGAGCUUGUUAUACUCGGUCGGGAUGGAAUACCUCACUGUAUCGACGUUCACUCUAAUCAGUGCAAGCCAGCUAGGGUUCAACGCCUUAUUCGCCUUCUUCAUGAACGUCCAAAAGAUAACUCCUCUCAUCAUCAAUUCCAUUUUCCUCCUCACAAUUUCCUCCGUUCUGCUCUUCUUCCAGCCGCCGGAUCGCCGUCAAAGCCAGGAAAAUCAGUCCGCCGCCGGCAAAAAACACUUCAUUAUCGGCUGCAUUUGCACUCUAAUCGGGUCGGCCCUGUUCGGGUUAACUCUGGCCGUAGGGCAAUUCAUUCUCAACAAAUUCCUCAAGAAAUACACCCUCAGAGACCUGCUGAAUUUCAUAAUCAUCCAAUCGUUGAUCGCCACGUGCGCGGUGGUGGUGGGGCUGUUUGCCAGCGGGGAAUGGAUGACGUUGGGGGCGGAGAUGAGGGGUUUCCAGCUCGGGGAAAUGUCGUACGUUAUGACUUUGUUUUGGGCGGCUGUGUGCUGGGAGAUAUUCACUGUGGGCGUUCUUGGGUUGUUGCUUAAGGUUUCGGGGCUGUUCGCUAACGUUCUUAUUAUGUUGUCGGUGCCGGUGGUUCCGGCGGCGGCCGUGGUGGUUCUCCACGACCAGAUGAGUGGGGUGAAGGUGAUUUCCAUGGUGUUGGCUGUGUGGGGAUUUCUGUCUUUUGCUUAUGAGGAGUAUGUUGAGGAGAUGAAGGAGAAAGAUGAAAAUGAAAAUGGAUUUGGCAAUGUACCAUCUCAAGUUCCUCUUGUUGAGAGGGGGAAUCAAGCCUAAAUUGUA